GCUCCGGGCUGCUGCCCCUCGUCCCCCCUCUUUCUGCCGGGGCUGCAGCCCCUCGUCCCGCUGGGGAUGCCCUGUGCCGCCCUAAGGCUCCGCUUCCUCAGAGUAGUUUGGUGAAUUGCAUAGAUUCCAUCAAUUACCUCGGCAUGUAUUUGUUCACUGGAUUAAUUGGAGAGAACUAGUAAGGUGUUGACCAUGAAGACACUGGUACCGGCUGUGGCUGUGUGGGGGAGAACAGCUCCCUCUCACAGCAUCACUGCUGUUAUGAUCACAGAUGACCAGCAGACCAUAGUUACAGGAAGCCAAGAAGGACAAAUUUGUCUCUGGAAUCUUUCAUCAGACUUACAGAUUUCAUCUAAAGAAAUUCUCUUUGGCCAUACCGCUUCCAUAACUUGUCUGGCAAAAGCAAGAGAGUUUGAGAAACAGCCAUAUGUAGUAAGUGCUACUGAAAAUGGGGAGAUGUGUGUUUGGAAUGUCACUAGUGGACAGUGCAUUGAGAACGCAAAGCUUCCUUAUAGGCAUACAGCAAUCCAUUAUUACCAUUGCUCAUUCCGAAUGACAGGUGAAGGUUGGCUUCUUUGUUGUGGAGAAUAUCAAGAUGUUCUUAUUAUUGAUGCUAAAACUUUGGGAGUUCUUCACACUUUAUCAUCAUCUCAGUCUUCUGAUUGGAUAAAUUGUAUGUGUAUUGUACACUCUGCAAGAAUUCAAGAAGACUCUUUGGUUGCAGUGUCUGUAGCUGGAGUUCUCAAAGUGUGGGACCUGUCUUCAUCUCUGAAUAAUAUUCAGGAGAAACAGAGUGUGUGCGAGAAGGAAUCAAAGUCUCUGGACUGUAUAAAUUGCCAAGCAGUAAGAUUUUGUACUUACACGGAAAGACUCCUUCUAGUUGUGUCCUCCAUGUGCUGGCAGGUCUAUGAUUAUUGUGAUUUCUCCUUGCUUUGUACUGAGUUCUGUAAGAGUGGUCAGUGCUUUGCUGGUGGGGAAGUGCUGGCAGCUUACAGACUUAUCAUCUGGACAGAAGAUGGCCACAGUUACAUCUACCAGCUGCUAAACAGUGGCCUUUCUAAAAGCAUGUACCCUGCUGAUGGGAAGGUGCUAAAGGAAACAGUUUAUCCUCAUUUACUCAGCUUUACUGGUAUGAAGGAAAAUAAGAGUCUUCCUUUUGUCAUGGGCUUCAUGAAUGAAAGAAAGGAGCCUUUCUACAAGGUUCUUUAUUCUGGUGAAGCUUCAGGACGGAUCACUUUGUGGCAUGUUCCCGAUGUUCCUGUGUCAACGCUUGAUGGUUCUCCGAAAGAGAUCCCAAUUACAACCGUGUGGACUCUUCAGGAUAAUUUUGAUAAGCAUCGUUCCAUGUCAGAGGGCAUUAUUGAUCAACUUUGUGGAUCUGAAGAUGGAUUUGGAAAUGCAGUUGUCAGUUCCUCUGUGUACAUACCUGGUCUUGAUAGGCUUGUAUGCGGAUGUGAAAAUGGGAAAAUUUUUGUAACAUUAGGUUUAAAAACUGCAAGAGCAAGACUUUUAGAAAACAUAUCUUUUCUUAAAGAUAAUUUACCUUAUAAAGUUUUGAAUGGUCACAGUAGCAGAGUCACUUGCUUACUUUAUCCACAUGACCAAUCAAUGAGAUUUGAUCCAAGCUGGCUGUUAUCAGGGGGUCAGGAUUCUGUCGUGAUCUGCUGGGAUAUAUUUGCUGGAGGAAUCCUACACCAGUUUAAUCUGCAGUCUGGUGCAGUGACAGAGCUCUUGAGACCCCCAGAACACUACAGAUUAAGAGACCAGAGUAUAGUGUGCUGUGUGUGCAGUGACCACUCAGUAGCAGUUCUACACCUUCAGAAGAGAGAGUGUCUCUUACAUGCCAGAAAGCAUCUGUUUCCUGUGAAGAAGAUAAAAUUUGACCCUCUUGAGAAUGUGCUAAUUGUUGGAUGUGAAGACAACUCAGUUUAUGUUUGGGAAAUUGAAACAGGCACUCUGGAACGACAUGAAACCGGUGAAACAGCAAGAGCAAUUCUUGCUGCCAUUGAAGAUUCAGAAUACUUAGUGGCAGAUGCUCUACUUCCUGUGUCUCAGGAGUCAAAACAAAUCAAGAAUUCUGGAUCCAAACACUCCAGCUCAUAUAAGCAUGGCAUGGGCCCUUCUCUUACUCCUGCAGAGAAAUCUUCAGAUAAGUUGACUGAUACCAGCUUCAUCCAGCAACCCUUUACUAUUUUACCAGCUAAGACAAAAUGGAACAAUGCAAACUUUCAUAUUCUCUUAUUUGACCUGGAAAAACUUGAGGAACUUCUCUCAUCUCAACUCAAUGGAUUAAAAUCAUCAAAAUCAUUCCACAACCAAUCCACUCUAGAAAGAGCCAAAAGUACUACUGAGAAAAGGGCACUGACAUUAAAAAGAAAUAAAAGUGCUGCCUUCGUACCUCGAGUGGAUGGGCAGGCAGAGACUGUUUGUUCAGACCAAGUUCAUAGGGAUAAUAAUGCAGCUAGGCCUGUGGAAGAGGGUGGAGGCAUCAAAAGAUGGAAAAAAAUGAAGAGCUCAAGGAAGAUCAGAAUGCAGCCCUCAGGAAACAUCGAUGUGAACGUCACCACCGAUACAGCUAAACUGUUUUUGUCAUGUCUCCUACCAUGGGGUUUAGAUAAAGAAAUAGACAAUCUCUGUGCUAGACACUUGGAUAUCUCGAGGCUUCAGUGCCCUGUUUCUUUUGGGCUUGUGUCAGAUGAAAGCCACCUCUCACUGAUGUUACCAGGAUGGAAAUGUAGUGAUUGUGGUGUGCCAGGAGAACAUGAAGUUUUCAAUUUGUUUUCAAAAAGGGUCCUUGAUUUAUCAAACAAAUACCUUGCUGCAACUGAAGGACAAUCUGGAAAGAAGGAUGAACCUGAGAAUGAUGAUUAUGGAGCAAGGGACUUGGAAACAGUAUUUUUCUUAUUUAGCAGAAUAGCUUUUAUCAACAGGAUAAUUAACACAUCUUCAGCAGUUACCGAUGAAAUUGAAAGUCCACAGAAACCAGAAUCUGUACAUGACAAAUGGCGAAAUGUAGAAGCUGUAACACUUUCAUGCUCCAGUUUUUAUGGAGACUUACCAAGCAGUAAGAGUAGAUAUCAUUCCCCAGACUUUGGGAGCAUUUCAUUGCUGAAACUCAUUUGUUGUUGGAAUGACCAAUCUGUAAAGAUUAUUGAGGCAAUGCAAGCAGUGCUGCUGGCAGAAGUUCAAAGGACUAUUAAUCCCUUGAGAAAGACGACAGUUUGCAGAGAACCACUGGCCAUAGUAGAGAAUGGAAAUGUCAGUGUGCUGAAGCAUGACAAGAGCUCCAACUCGGCAAACUUCCAAGAUGUGGAGGAUACGCCUGACAGAUGUGUCUUGGAAGAGUCUGAGAGUCCAGAUGACAUGAAGCCACAUCCCUGGAUAUCUAAGGUGUGCUCCUGUAAGGUGUGCUAGAACAAGCCUGUUGAGAUGAAAGAAUUGGAAGAUGUAGAAGGACAGCCCAAAACAGGACAUAUAUGGUGUGGUGGACAUGAAAUCGCUUUUUGGAUUUAUCACAGUACCUUUAACAAUUCAUUUUCAGAAGAAAUACCUUCCAUAAGACCAACUUAUUUUGGCUGAUUUAUUGGCUUCAAUUCACACUUCCAUUACUAAUAGAUUUACAUGUAUUCAACUGAAUUUGAGCAUUUUGUAGUAGAAAAUAUUAACUCUUCAUUUUUAGAUAGCAUUCAGUUGUUUAUGUAGUGAUCUUUACAACUUUGAUUGCCAUUAACAAUUAUAUCAAUUUUAGUAUUGUUUUACAUGCAUCAAAUUUAAAUUUUUCUCUCUCCUUCUUUCUUAAUUUUUUUACCAAUAACAUUUCAACACUGAGUAAAACCAAAUGCAUUUCAAAUAAUUUCCUGUUUUCACUAAAAAGAGAAAUUCACAAUUUGAAUUAAACAUGAAAAAUUUAGAAAUAACUAAAAUACAAAGAAUGAUCUGUACACAUUAGAGAAUAGGAAAUUGAUAACAAAUCUGGUCAUGUCUAGAAUGCAAAUUUUCCAUUUCUCUAAAUACUACCAUUACCAUCGUCUGUAAAAAUGCAGUACCAGUAUGGAACUGGAGAAGCCCAUUGGGGUCCUCUUCUGAAAUUAUGUACUUCAUUGAAUAUCAAUUGGUUUUCAUUGGAAAAAGCAGCUAUAUCUUUUUUACUUUUUUUUCUCCUAAAAAAAAAAUAUUGUUAUAUUUGUAGAAUAUAUGUGGCUGAUUAGACCCAUUUAUCACCUUCUAUCCUGUGGGACUUAAGCUGGUUUGUCACAUAAUGGCUGCUCAGAGCAGUAAGCUCACUUUCUUUGUUGCCAAUAGUUGAAGUGCUACUCAAGGCAAAGGAUCUUCAGGAUGUUCCUUGUGGAUCUGGACCUUAUGGUGGAAAUCCUGGUCUGAGUUAUCCCUUCUAAUUGUCACAUCAGCCAUAAGAUCCCUUAACCAGGAGAGUCAAUGUUUCUUCAAUGUGAAAAGAUUCUCUGGCAAUGAAUCUCAUUUUUUCCUUGUGGGGCUGCAGGAGUGAUAAAACCUGGUUUUUGUUGCUACAAUAUAGUUUGAAUGAAGCAGAUGUGAAAGCUUCUUCCUUCUGUUUUUUUAUAUCCUGUAAGUCCAUGUCCUGCAGUGCAGUGUAUGAUCUUCUGACACACUGGGUGGUGGAAGGGCAUUGUGAGAAGCAACCCAGUUUUUAUUCAGCUAAAGAAUAUGUAAUUCAACUUGGCUGCAAUCCAGAGAAGAUAAAGAUAAUUAAUGCUAUUUUUUCUGUGACUGUGAAUACCAUGAAGAAAAAUGACUUAUUUGGGCAGAAAAGUCAAUGGUUUUAACACAUUUGGUAUUUUUCAGAAACAACUUUCCUUGUUCAUAGAAGGAGUUUUCCUCUCUAAAAUGUAUCUUUUGUUCAUAUGUGGUAGUAUUUGAAUUAUGGUGACUGAAUAUUGAGUGCUACGGCUUCAUUCUUGCAUUUCUUAUGCUGGAUGUGUGGAAUAUUAUCAUUGAUGUAUUUAUACUUGCACUCCACAACUGAGAGCAGAACAUGUCUUUAGCUGACAUAUAUCCUCCUCUUAACUUUUGUGGCUGAAUGAGACUUGCAAACAUCAAGAAGGUAAAAAGAACCUUGCAGAGAGUAGAACAAAUUGCAAACAAAGGAUGGACCCGUCUUCCUCCUUUGCUCCUCUUCCAUAUAAACAACCACAUCCAGUUGUUGCAGCAGUCUCUUCCAUGGACAUUAAAGAGUCUGUUCACAAGAGCCAUCACUGCUUUGCAUCAGCAUCUACUCACUUGGGCCAGGAUAACAAAUUUUUUGAAAACCCUUUCAUCUAGAUAUUUCAGAAAUGGGUGUGUUCAAGGAGGUCUCAUAGCUCAAGGAAUUGGCACUGUCCAUAACACCCAGUACUGCUGUAGUAGCAAUUACAUUUGUGCAACAUGAUAUUUGAUUGCUUGUCUUUAAUUCUGCAAAGCAGUGCACAUCAGCAGCCUGCCAAUACAGCCAGCCCGCUGGAAUGGUUUGUGCAGUGAUGAUCGGUGUUUGGCACAUGCUUGUGCGUGCUUUGUGCUAAUUAUCAUUACAGGAUCAGUAAGGUAAAGCAGGAACUUUUUUAUUAGGUACAUUUAUUUCCCAGUAAAGCAAAUAUAUUCCCCUUGUCUUCUGGAUGUCUUUCAAACAACCAACUUUAUUAUAUGUGCUCACAAUGAACUCAGAAAAAUCUUUUUUGCAAGAAAGUGACAAUUUCAGAGCUGAAUACACAAAUACAGAUUAACUUUCUGUGAUAGCUUCUUGUAAGCCAAACUGAAGAAGCAUUUUGUAGGAUUGUGGUCUGAUGUAUCACUGCAUUCAUGCUAAAGGAGAUGGAGUUUACAACAAAGUCCCAAGGCAAUUAAGAAUACCUUUUUCUAUUGUGUUACUCUGAGGAAUCCUGUCAAAAGGAAUAGUAGGCUAAUAUUUUUGAGUAGUUGUUUAAACUUUAAAUAUGGGGUAAAAGCUUCAUGAAUACCUAAACUGUUUAAGGAAUUUGGUGUUUUGGUUUGGCUUGUAUUUUUUCCCAUACAGAAGUCACAGGCUCCAAUGACCUGUACAGUUCAAGGUAUGGUUUCACAGUCAGGGUGAUUUUUCCCCACUCCACCCUCAGACUUCUGUGUCUCUUCAUUUAUGUUUGCACUACUGCUUGUGUGCCCAGGCUGUGCCAGGGCAAGCACUGGCCUCAGUGCAAAGACCAGAGGAGGAACGAGCAAUCCAGAGUGGAAAUGUGGGACAGUUCACACAAAAAUGAGCAUGAAGUUGAAGUUUAGGGUGAUAUGUGCAAGGUUCUUACUUAAACCUAGACUUUUGGCUUUCAAAUCCUAUAAGCAUUUUUUACAUUACAUGCAUAGUUCAUUAUAUUAUUUUUUUUUAAUUGAAAGGCACUUAUUGCUUUAGUGUAAGACAAAAUCAAAACUCUUCAGCACCUCUUUUAUUUGUGAGAUUUUGAGUUUUCCAAAUAAUUCACACUUGGUCUGACUGGUCAUACUGAAUGGUCACUAACUCUAGAUUUCUGUCUGGAAACCUCCCUAAAGUUUGAACUGUUCAUUUAUGUCUCCAAAUCCAAACAUUAUAUUUUGAAAUCUCUUGUGCCAUAUAUGUAUUUUAAAUUUGAUCAUUGUAAUAAACUGCUUCUGUUUUGGGGUUGUA